UUUAUUACCGGUCAGAAUUGGACCAUAACGGGAUUUCGGUUUAUACCGGCACAAUAAUAUCAGAUUGGGGAGGAAGAUCAGAAUUAGAAAUUGAUAGAAAAGCAAGAAUAUGGGCUCGUGUGAGUAGGAAAAAAAAAAAUAUCGAUUUUAGUGCUAUCAUCAGCUAUGGGAUUAGAUCUAAGAGAAAUUAUAGAAAAUGCCUGUUAUCCUGAAAUUUUUUUAUCUUUUCUUAGUGAUAAGGAUAAAAAAAAAAUUGGUUCAAAAGAAAACGCGAUUCUGGAGUUUUAUAAAAAAUUCGCUUGCGUAGGCGGUGAUCUAUUAGUGUAUGAAUACUUAUGUAAGGAAUUACAAAAAAAAUUUUUUCACCAAAGAUGUGAAUUAGGACAGCUUGGUCGACGAAAUAUGAACCGAAGACUUAAUCUUGAUAUACCCCAGAAUAAUACUUUUUUGGUACCACGAGAUAUAUUAGCAGCCGCCGAUCAUUUGAUUGCACUCAAAUUUGGAAUGGGUACACUUGAUGAUAUGAAUCAUUUGCAAAAUAAACGUAUUAGGUCUGUAGCGGAUCUUUUACAAGAUCAAUUUGGAUUGGCUCUCGUUCGUUUCGAAAAUGUCGUUAAAAGCACUAUAUGUGGAGCAAUUCGUCAUAAAUUAAUACCCACUCCUCAGAAUUUGGUAACUUCAACUCCCUUAACAACUACGUAUGAAUCUUUUUUCGGGUUACACCCAUUAUCUCAAGUUUUAGAUCAAACCAAUCCAUUGACACAAAUAGUUCAUGCAAGAAAAUUUAGUUAUUUAGGACCUGGGGGGGCUGACAGGACGCACUGCUAG